AUGGUUCCCCAAAAAGUCAAGCUAAAAUCCGAGAGGGAGAACUUUUUCCGAAACACCUCGGAAGUCCGUGAUGAAAUUAACAAGAAGAGACAAUCCAAAUUAGACGACUUUCUAGUCAUCGAAAUUGAUUUUGGAACCAUAUACUCAAGUGUGGCAUGGGCAACGGUGGAAGAUUUUGAGAGAGAUGAAAUUAACAUUAUCACCAAUUGGUCUAAUAACGGAAGAGAGGAACCGGAAGUCCCUACCGAACUGUUCUACGAGGAUGGAAAGGUGAGUUGGGGAUAUGAUAUCCCAGAGGGCGGUGACCCUGUGCGUUGUUUCAAGCUGCUGCUCUUACGCGACGAAGAUGUGGCUGAAGAGCAGCGUCAGUCUAAAGCUUUCUUCCGCGCCCGCAAAUUGAUGCGAGAGACGGGUAAAACGGCAACGGACUUGGUCGCAGAUUACCUCCGACUAUUGUGGCAGCAUACCGUGGAAACAAUCCACUUGAUUCAUAGCGAGUUAGACAUUUCUGCGCUCGCUUUUCAUGUUUUCAUUACUGUGCCUGCUAUAUGGAAGGACUAUGCGCGCAAGGCUAUGGAAAAGGCUGCAGAGAACGCUGGCAUUCUACAAGACCGUCCUAUUAGCCCCACGGCCCUCGCUUUCGUUCUGGAGUCAGAGGCAGCCGCUCUCGGAACACUCUGUAAAGUUGGCCAUAAGUAUGGCCUUGAGACCGAUGAUGUUUAUGUGAUAUGCAACGCUGGCGGACUCACUGUGGAGCUGAGCACAUAUCAAGUUGGAGAGUUGGAUCCAAUUGAGAUACAUGAAGCAGUGACAGGGACUGGUAAUUAG